GGGCUUUUCCGGCACAGGUCGGAAGUGGCGCGCGCUGCCCCGGAAGCACCCUGGUGGGUGGGUGCCUGCCAGCAGCUGAGGCGCCAUGGCGGCGGCAGCGGUGUCAGAAUCUUGGCCGGAGCUAGAGCUGGCUGAGCGGGAGCGGCGGCGGGAGCUGCUGCUGACGGGGCCCGGGCUGGAGGAGCGAGUGCGGGCGGCGGGUGGGCAGCUGCCGCCGCGGCUUUUCACCCUGCCGCUGCUGCACUACUUGGAAGUGAGCGGCUGCGGGAGCCUGCGCGCGCCGGGGCCUGGCCUGGCGCAGGGCCUGCCGCAGCUGCACAGCCUCGUGCUGCGGCGCAACGCGCUGGGGCCCGGCCUGAGCCCCGAGCUCGGGCCGCUGCCUGCCCUUCGGGUGCUCGACCUGUCGGGCAACGCGCUGGAGGCGCUGCCGCCGGGCCAAGGCCUGGGCCCCGCCGAGCCGCCGGGCCUUCCGCAGCUGCAGAGCCUCAACCUCAGCGGCAACCGGCUGCGCGAGCUGCCAGCCGACCUGGCGCGCUGCGCCCCGCGCCUGCAGAGCCUCAACCUCACCGGCAAUUGCCUAGACUCCUUUCCCGCCGAGCUCUUUCGCCCCGGCGCGCUGCCCCUGCUCAGUGAACUGGCGGCUGCUGACAACUGCCUCCGAGAACUCAGCCCCGACAUCGCCCACCUGGCCUCGCUCAAGACGUUGGACCUCUCGAACAACCAGCUGAACGAGAUCCCUGCAGAGCUUGCGGACUGCCCCAAGCUCAAGGAGAUCAAUUUCCGCGGGAACAAGCUGAGGGACAAGCGCCUGGAGAAGAUGGUCAGCGGCUGCCAGACCAGAUCCAUCCUGGAGUACCUGCGCGUCGGAGGCCGUGGUGGCGGGAAGGGCAAGGGCCGUGCCGAGGGCUCGGAGAAGGAAGAGAGCCGGAGGAAGAGGAGGGAGAGGAAGCAGAGGCGGGAAGGUGGUGAUGGGGAGGAGCAGGACGUGGGAGAUGCCGGCCGGCUGCUGCUCAGGGUCCUGCACGUCUCCGAAAACCCCGCACCUCUGACAGUCAGAGUGAGCCCCGAGGUCCGGGAUGUGCGGCCCUACAUUGUGGGGGCCGUGGUGCGAGGCAUGGACCUGCAGCCGGGGAAUGCACUCAAGCGCUUCCUCACCUCGCAGACCAAGCUCCACGAAGAUCUCUGUGAGAAGAGGACGGCUGCCACCCUUGCCACCCACGAGCUCCGUGCCGUCAAAGGGCCCCUGCUGUACUGCGCCCGGCCCCCGCAGGACCUCAAGAUUGUCCCCUUGGGGCGGAAAGAAGCCAAGGCCAAGGAGCUGGUGCGGCAGCUGCAGCUGGAGGCCGAGGAGCAGAGGAAGCAGAAGAAGCGGCAGAGUGUGUCGGGCCUGCACAGAUACCUUCACUUGCUGGAUGGAAAUGAAAAUUACCCGUGUCUUGUGGAUGCAGACGGUGAUGUGAUUUCCUUCCCACCAAUAACCAACAGUGAGAAGACAAAGGUUAAGAAAACGACUUCUGAUUUGUUUUUGGAAGUAACAAGUGCCACCAGUCUGCAGAUUUGCAAGGAUGUCAUGGAUGCCCUCAUUCUGAAAAUGGCAGAAAUGAACAAGUACACUUUAGAAAAUAAAGAGGAAGGAUCACUCUCAGAUACUGAAGCCGAUGCAGUCUCUGGACAACUUCCAGAUCCCAGAACGAAUCCCAGUGCUGGAAAGGACGGGCCCUCCCUUCUGGUGGUGGAGCAGGUCCGGGUGGUGGACCUGGAAGGGAGCCUGAAGGUGGUGUACCCAUCCAAGGCCGACCUGGCCACUGCCCCUCCCCACGUGACUGUCGUGCGCUGACGCCAGGGCCGCCUGUCCGCGUUUGUUUGGCCGGUUUUGCGGAGGUUUCUAUGCAGCAAUGCUGAAUUAUCCGUUAGAUUUUCACCCCAGUUUUUUUGUUGGUUUUUUUUUUUUGAGAUGGAGUCUCGCUCUGUCGCCAGGCUGGAGUGCAGUGGCGUGAUCUCGACUCACUGCAACCUGUGUCUCCUGGGUUCAAGCGAUUCUCCUGCCUCAGCCUCCCAAGUAGCUGGGACUACAGGUGUGUGCCACUACGCUCAGCUAAUUUUUGUAUUUUUAGUAGAGACGGGGUUUCACCAUUUUGACCAGGAUGGUCUUGAUCUCUUGACCUCAUGAUCUGUCCACCUCUGCCCCUCAAAGUGCUGGGAUUACGUGAUCCACCCGCCUCAGCCUCCCAAAGUGCUGGGAUUACAGGCGUGAGCUGUGCCUGGCCCACCCCAGCAUUUUUUAAGAUGUAUGUAUUCGUUGUUCUGUUUUUCCAGAUGAUUCUGUCGUAAAGUGAUGCUAUGUUGUCGUUACAACAUCAAAGUGAUUUUACGGUUUUUGAUGGGAUUAUUCAAAUGUCAGAAUUAACUGUUCAAAAUGUUCUGAAUCAUGUAGAUACAUGGCAGGUAACUGUUUAUGGGAGAAAAGUACAGAGCUGUUACGUGGCACUGUACAGUCAUGUGCCACGUAACAGCGUCAGGGUCAGUGACGGACACUUACCUGACAGCGGAUCCACAAUAUUCUCGUGCAGUGUGUUUGGAAUCCCGGUCUGGGCUCUCGGCGUUGGCCUUGUAGAUCAAGUAGGGGAAGUGAGUGAUGUUCAGUCAUGCUGCUGGGACACUUGGUUUUCCAGAUGAAAACACAUAAAUAAAACUACAUGCACCAUC